AUGGUCAGCAGAGACCGCCAGCGGGUUCUCAAGAGUGCUCGGCCUCGGAGCGACCUCCAGCUUGCGUUGGUGUGCGACGAAGCUGACCUUGGGACCUCCAUACAACACAUUUACGCACUGUUCUGUAGAAUAUUCGUCUGCUAUUCGACCGUUUGCUGCUCAGACGUGAGCUCGUGCCCCUCACCCACUGUUUGGAGCCGCCGGUGCUUCGACGAUCACCUUACCCAACGGGAGCGAUCUCUGCAACCCGAAGAUCAACACGACGUCGAUCCUCGACUUUGUCAACGACGAGUCGGCUGCUGCGAAGCUGGUGGCCGUGCGGCUGUUCAACUCGGACGGGGCAGGCCUGCGAUGACCCUGGACCAACGCUACUUCUACUUACGCCCACCGCCCACGCUACGCGCACGGCUCCGACGACAGCCGGUCCGCCUCCUCGCACGCCCUCCGAUUCGCGCGCGCCCCGUCGGGUCGUCGUGCAACAUCACCACUUGGACGUUUGACUCGCUGCUCACACGCGGUGCGGCGCUCGUCAUGUUCUGUCAGUUCCUGCUCAUGCUGAUGAAGGAGAGCUCCUCCUCCCACGAUGCUGCUGGUGGUCGUGAAAAUGGCGGACGACAUCAGGCGGAGAGUACGCUACCGUUACGCGAGACGGCGAUAGGCGGGUGGGGCGAGGAGGCGUACGAUCCGACGCUCACUGCAAUGCAUCUGGCCGGAGGUCCUGGUGAACCGCCAGCCGUUGGCGGCGAGCGCCUCCCCCACGCCGCACUUCUAUUCGCUGCUGCGGCCGAUAUGGAGGUGCUGCUCGCACCUGCGCGCCUCAUUGGCCGGGAUAACCAUAACCUGCUUGUCCACCUCCACCUCCCUGUACUGCUGCUGCUCACGCGCCUGCUAUCGCGUCCUGCGAAUCUUCAGCACCCGCUCACGACAGACUGGCGGCGUCUCGAGGAGCUCUUCCGGCUGGACUCGACAGCGUCGGUCCUCAUCGGACCUGUGCGUCCCCGGACGCUCGAUAUCGUCGCGCCUCUGAUCACCGACCUCCUGCGCGACCGCGUGAAGGCAUCGCGCAAAUGCUUCAAGCUCGGAUCCUCGGACCUUGUCUUCGCGCACACUGUGAUCCGCAUCGCGGGCGAGCUUCGAGGAUGUUAUGCGUCAUCGGACCCGCCAGCAGUGAGGGAAUCGUUUGCGGGUGGAAGGUGCUUCCUCAACAGUCCUGGACCCAACGGUGACGCCGGCGCUUCACAUCCGGGUCGUCUCACAGCGAAUGCGUUGGUGGGGAAGCACGCGUGCGACUUUGCGGACAAUGGCCUUGGAAGUCGAUGGGUGUCUAAAGGACCUUUGAGCGGUAUGACCUGUGGGGACGCCGGGAGGGGGGGGGCGGCCGCCAGCAUAGCGUCGACCUCGGUUCUGAAGCAAUGGCCCUGGAGCGACGCGGAAGUCGCCGAGUCUCGGUUUCUGGUGCCGCCUGGAAUGCUACCCUCUGGACUUCGGUAUUCUACCACAGCACGCCCCGUAACAUAG